CAUGCCUCUGUCACCAGUCCCUUCGCACAGAUUGCCAUCCUGGGUGACCACCACAUCUGGGAGUAUGAGGGUACCGAGCAGUACAUGGCUGUGGACGCCAUCUACUGGCAUCAGAGCUACGACUACCAGACACUGGACCAUGACAUCAUGCUGAUGAAGCUGGCUCAUCCCGUCACUGUAAACGAGUUUGUUAAGCCCAUCUCUCUGCCCACGGCCUGUGCCAGCCCUGGAGACAUGUGUGUGGUGUCCGGAUGGGGAAACAUCUACACCGACUCAGUUUUCAACCCUUUCAACCUCCAGUGUGUGGAGGUACCCAUUGUGUCGACCCAGGACUGUGAGGUCUCCUACCCAGGGAAGAUCACAGAGGUCAUGGUGUGCGCAGGCUACCCAGAGGGAGGCAAAGACGCCUGCCAGGGUGAUUCUGGAGGCCCCAUGGUGUGUAACGGAGAGCUGCAGGGCAUUGUGUCUUGGGGUUAUGGCUGUGCUCAACCCAACUUCCCCGGCGUCUACACUAAAGUCUGUGCCCUCAUGCCCUGGAUCAACGAGAUCCUCUCCAGCUAUUAGGCAAUAAACAAUAACAACAAAACAAUAAACAAUGACAAACUUGGACAGGGUCUUG